UGACUUUUAUGAGACAUGUCAAUAAAGGAAAACAAAACCAUUCGUAGAAGUGGAGAAGUAUGAAGUAGUGAAUUUAACAAGAUUUAAUGAAGUAUUACACAAAAAAAAACUUUCUAUCUAUCAUAUUUAAUUUUUAAGAAUAAAUGUCUCACAGUAAAAUAUUUGAUAUAGUAUUAUUAAGAAGAGGACCGUAGCAAACGAACGUUGUAACUUGACCAUGCACGAUGUUGGAGGGCCUCGUAGCUUGGGUAUUGAACAAUUACCUCGGGAAAUAUGUGGAGAACUUGAAUACGGAUCAGCUAAGCGUAGCCUUAUUGUCUGGCAAAGUAGAACUAGAGAAUCUACCUUUGAAGAAAGAUGCUUUGCGUCACCUGGGUCUACCUGUGGAGAUCAAGGCGGGGUUCAUUGGCAAGGUGCAGCUUCAGGUUCCAGUUCGUCAGAUCCGCUCCGCACCCUGGCUCAUUGCCAUUGAAAACCUUUAUCUGGUUGCUGCUCCAGUCAACCUAGAUGAGUGGGACAGCGUGCUGGAGGCGCACAUUGCGCACGAGCGCAAGACGGCUCUACUGGAUGCGCUGGAGGCGCAGUGGCGCGCGGAGCACGAGGCGCGCGAUGCCGGAUACUACGCCGCUUCCUAUUCCUCCUGGCUCAGCUACGGGACGGGCCUGCUCGCCAACAUCGUGGAGAAUCUGCAGCUAAAGUUGACCGAUGUGCACAUCCGGUACGAGGACGCGGUGACGUGCGCGCCCCAGACGUUCGCGUGCGGGCUCACGGUGCAGUCGUUGCCAAAAGUCGAUGAUGCUAACCCUGUUGGCUAA